CAUUAUUCAGCGAUCUGGUAGCUCUGGAUCCGCCGGAUUGUUGUUACGCGACCAACUUUUUAUGUUUUAUUCUUAGCUGAAUUUAUAAAAGAAAUUGUCUAAAAUGUUGGCUUUAUGCAACGUCCAGAGGCUGGGUCUGAGAUCCCUGCUGCCUGCUGUUUCAAAAAACGUGGGAUUGGCCAGCUACUCCUCCAAGUCGAAAGACGACGACGGCUAUUCCUCGUCGGAUGAUGAGAAGCCAUCCAAAAAGAAGGAGAAGCCCGUGGAAACGGCAGCCCAGAGACUAAAUCGCCUGCUGGGCACAAUGCAGGCCACGGAUCGGCUCUCCGGGGCAGAUUUUCCUCGCCCUGGCGAUGCCAACCGGAGGAAACGAGAGGCUCAGAAGCAGGAAGCUGCCUCUAAGAAUGUCCUGACUGCAGCCAAAAACAUUGCCAGCAUGCUGGGCACCAGCGAAAGCGAGAAGAAGCAGACGGAAUCAGAGCUGUUGGCCAAACUCCUGGGACAUGGCAAUGAAUCAGCUCCGGCUGCAUCUGGCGAUGCUCAGGCUGCGGAUUCAGCACCGGCUGCAUCGUCGGAGAAAGAUCUUAACCUGAGUGACCUAAUCGUGGGCAUGAAAAUCGAUCGUCGCCAACAGCCGCAGGACGAACAAACUCGAGGGGAAUACGUGCGUCGUUCCUUGGCUUCCCGGCCUAAGCCGAAACACUCGGACCGCCAACAGCAGCGUCCGCAGAGACACAUCAAGCGGGAAGCAGAAUCCUUCACAGGCAGCGUCAACCUGUAUGGCGGCGAUGGCCUGGGCAUAUUCAAGGAUACCCAGCUUCCCAGCUCCACCGACAUUCUGACGACAUGGUCGCAGCUGAGUGAACGGGAAUUGAGUCUCCACGCAGCCCAUCCGCCAGCCAACUACUUCGAGCAGAUGGUCCUGUGGACGGACCAGAAGAAGGUGUGGCGCUUCCCCAUCAACAACGAGCAGGACUGGACUGACGAGGUGGACGUCGACUUCUCGGAGCACAUCUUCCUGGAGCAGCACCUAGAGGACUGGUGUCCGGACAAGGGACCGAUACGGCAUUUCAUGGAGCUCGUGUGUGUGGGUCUCUCUAAGAACCCCUAUGUGACGGCCCAGGAGAAGAAGGACCACAUUCUGUGGUUCCGCGACUACUUCGAGGCUAAGAAGGACAUUCUCAAGGAUCUGAUGAACAAGGAGCCGGCCAAGAGUAUUUCCGCAUAAUCAUUGUUUUGUUGGAAUAUUUGUUAAAAAUAUAUUUUGCUUUUUAAGACCAUUGA